AUGGCGCGAUCAACUUCUGAUUCGAAGCCUAAGCAAUCCACAUAUUUAUUCCUCUAUAACACCCUCUCAGCCAUUCUCCGAACAGCCCUCUUGCUCAGAACGACCUAUUUAUGGUUAACCCAAGGUAAUGGCGCUGUGUGGGAUGAACUAAACAUCAGAGCACGAUGGACCGAGACUUUUACUGUGAUGGAAAUCAUCCAUGCUGUCACUGGUCUUGUGCGAGCAGCUCCCGCUACGACGGCGCUGCAAGUCGCUGGUCGAAACACCAUUGUCUGGGCUAUUACACGAAACUAUCCGGAAGUCGGCUAUAGGGAAACUGCGUAUAGUCUUAUGCUCAUGGCUUGGAAUGCGGCUGAUGCAAUUCGAUACUUUUACUUUACUCUUCAGACGGGGAUGGGAUCUGUGCCAGGUGGCUUGACAUGGUUGAGAUAUAACAUGUUCCUUGUUCUUUAUCCCAUUGGUAUUCUCUCUGAGAUGAAACUCGUGUACGAAGUCAUCCGGCCAUCUCAAGCUCGCAAUCCAGCAUAUCAAUAUCUGCUUUGGUUCGGAUUAGCCAUCUACGUUCCAGCAUUCUACAUCCUCUUUGGGCACAUGCUAGCUCAAAGGGCCAAGUUGAACCGCACCAACCUCAAGAAAGAAAUCUGA